AUGGCUGCUAAAUCUGACGGAACCUCAGUGUCUCUCCGGAACCAGGGCCCCCGAGAGUGUCCACCCAGACCCGAAGCCUUCCGCUACUCGGUCGCGGACUGCUGCUGGACGCUGUGCUCCCUGCUGGUCUUCUUCUGGGACGCGGCCUCGGACCUGUGGCUGUCGGCGGACUACUUCCUGCGACAGCAGUACCGGUGGUUCGCGCUCACCCUGGUAUUUGCGGUGAUCCCGUCGGCGGUGGUCCAGAACGUCAGCUUCCAAUGGUUCAUCUGCGACCUUUCGCUGGAGAGCGGCAGCGCGGCGGCGGCAGCUGUGGCCGCGGCGGAGCACGGCGACUUCAGCACCAAGGAGAGCGGAGAGCGGGGCGCGGCCCCGGAGCUGACCGGGCCGGUCGCCCGCGGAGGCGGGCGCCGCUGCUGCAGGCUCUUCAUGUGGCUCUUUCUGGGUCUCGUCCACUUGUUCCAGCUGUCGCAGGUCUGGAGGUUCAUCCACAUCCUGUACCUCGGGGCGCAGAGCUGCUGUUGCCGGGACCCGCCUCAGCGCCACUAUUGGAGGACCAUGUUCCAGACCGCUGACGUUCACCUGCUGCGUCUGCUGGAGUCCUUCCUGAAAAGUGCCCCCCAGCUGGUGCUGCAGCUGACCAUCAUGGUGCAGAGCCAGCAGGUGUUGCCUCUGCAGGGUCUGUCGGCCUCAGCGUCUCUGCUCUCGCUCUCCUGGACACUGUCCUCCUAUCAGAAGUUCCUGCGGGACUCCAGAGAGGACAAGCAGCCGCUCACCUACCACGCCGUCCUGGUGCACAUCCUGUGGCACGUCUUCUCCGUCGGAGCUCGAGCGCUUGCCUUCGCCCUGUUUGCCUCCGUUUUCCACCUUCAGUUCUGCAUCUUCCUCAUGGCCCACUGGUGCGUCAUGACCUUCUGGAUCGUCCAGGGUGAGACGGACUUCUGCACCUCUAAGUGGAAGGAGGUGAUUUACGACAUGCUGGUGGGCGUCAUCUACGUCUUCUGCUGGUUCAGCGUACGCGAGGGUCCGACUCGCUUCAGGAUGCUGGUCUACAACGUCACCGUCUUCGCUGAGAAUGUGGCACUCACCGUGGUGUGGUAUCAGUACCAGGGACAAUGGACCACGGAGUUCCUGGCGGUGACGGCUGUGUGCGCGGUGGCCAGCAGCUAUGCCCUGGGGACCUUCUUCAUGUUUGUCUACUACUGCUUGUUGCACCCCGACGGGCCGGCGUCCACGUGGGAGAAGGAGCCGGUGGUAACAUCCCCGGUGUCCAGUCUGGCCCCGGACCUGCUGAGCAGCCCCCCGAGAACCUUACAAAGGACUAAGGGUUCAGAGAGGGAAACGGGGCGGGCUCUGGACGGGGACGUCUUUCAGGUUCGUCCGACUCGUGGGACCCGAACUCGGGUGGCUCCCCUCUCUCCAAAGACAGAGGGGCCCGUCAUCAGAAUAGACCUGCCGAGGAAGAAGUACCCCGCCUUAGACGCCCACUAUAUGGACCGGCGACUGCGUAAGACCAUCCUGGUGCUGGAGAGCGCUGCCCCGGUGACGCCGCAGAUCCAGUAUCGCUGUCUGACCACGCCCACCGAGGUCAUGGAGUUUGAGACGACCGUGUGACCUUCAAACUCUGGGAGCACUGCAACACCUGGACUUCAGUGACUGAAGGAAGCCCUCAGAGAAUCAGGAGGAGAUGAAGGGGCGUGGCCUUCAGAAAGGAAGAGCAGGCGGGGUCUUCAUGGUCAAGUGACAUUUACAACCAGGAGGAAUCAGCCAUCAGUUGAUGAAUUAAAACCUGUGUGUGUGUGCGUGUGUGUGAGACAGCCAGAGAUGGUUUCCAUGGUGACUAUAUGGUGCUGAGUGGUCAUGUGACCAAAGUGUCAAACAAAAAGCCUUAAAAAUGAUCCA